AUGGCUGCCCCAAAGAUAAUCGUUCUCGGCAGCCUCAACGGCGACAACCUAUCGCCGGCCCUCAAGAAGCUCGCGACGCUCCACUCCAAGAACAGAUUUACGCUGGCCAUCCUGACGGGCGACGUCUUCUCCCCCGCGACGGAUGAUGCGACGAUCACAGCCCUGAUGGACGGCACGCUCGAGGUGCCGCUGCCGACGUACUUCACCGUCGGCAACCACGAGCUGCCGGCGCGCAUCGCGGCCAAGGUCGAGGCCGACGAGGACGUCUGCGCCAACCUGCACUUCCUGGGCAAGCGCAGCGUGACCAAGACAUCCGAGGGGAUCCGCAUCGUCGCCCUGGGUGGCCGGCUGGACGCCAGGCUGGCGGAGGGCAAGUCGCAGGACCAGCACCUGCCCUUCCACACGGCCGACGACGCCCGGAGCCUGCGAGGCGCCAACUCGGCCGACAUACUGCUGACGUCGGUGUGGCCAGCCAGGGUGUGGACGGGCACCAGGGCCACCGCGGCUCUUCAGCCCGACCAGCAAGCCUCCAUCCAGAGCACCGACGAGGCCGCCGAGCUGUGCGCCGCCCUACGCCCGCGCUACCACAUCUCCGCCUCGCCGGGCCCCUUCUUCUACGAACGAGAACCGUUCGUGCAUCCGCCGCCGCCAUCCCAGGCCCACGACAGCGCAGACGCCCCCGUCUCGGUCACCCGCUUCAUAUCCAUGGCUCCUUACGGCAACGCCGAAAAGGCCAAGGCCAUGUACGCCUUCACACUCAACCGAUCCGACACCUCCAUCCCCCCCGGCGUCACAUCCUCCCCCUUCACCGACAGUAGUAAGAAACACGCCAGGGAAGACGCAGGCUACAGCCGUUUCGGAAACCAUCACGACAGCAGCAUCAGCAGCAGGGGCGUCGGUAAGCGGCGCCGUCAUGCAUCCCCCCCUCCGGGGCCGGACAGGUGCUACUUCUGCCUGUCCAACCCCAACCUCUCGUCGCACAUGUGCUGCACCAUCGGCGACGACGCCUACGUGACCGUGGCCAAGGGUCCCCUCCCCACCUCGUCCACCUUCUCCGACCGGGGCCUCGACUUCCCCGGCCACCUCAUCAUCAUCCCCCUGCCCCACGCGCCCACCAUAUCCGCCAUACCCGGCGACGAGGCGGCCCGCACCUACCGCGAGAUGGACCGCUUCCGCGAGGCCAUUCAGGCCAUGGUGGCCUCCCGCUCAUCCCACCGUCUCGGCCUCGUCACCUGGGAGAUCAGCCGCGCCCGCAACGUCCACCUGAUCUGGCAGCUCGUCCCCGUCCCGGCCGACAUGAUCCGCUCCGGCAUGGUCGAGGCAGCCUUCAAGGUCGAGGCCGAGAACCAGAACCUCCCCGUCCCAGCGUCCCGGACCCUCGGCCUCGCCGACCUUGCCGGUGCCGGCGACUUCUUCCGCGUAUGGCUAUGGUCCGGCAGUGGUGAUGUCGCUGACAAUGACGACGUUGGGAAUAAAACUGCUGCCGCUGCUGCUGCCGCUGCUCCCGAUGCCGGUGGUGUACAGGGUAAGUCACUCGUCAUGCCGCUGUCCCCCGAUCAGAGGUUUGACCUGCAGUUCGGUCGACGCGUCCUGGCAAAGCUCAUGGGUCUGGAGGACAGGCUGAUCUGGAAGGAUUGUGCGCAGACAGAGGCGGAGGAGACGAGGGAUGUCGAGGCUUUCAGGGAAGCCUUUAAAGAUUGGGAUUUUACCUCGUAG